AAUAACGUUUUCUGAUUGGCUUCAGGAAAUUGAUGCACAACUAAAUCAAGGUGGACUCCUGGCAAUAUGACCGGAAGCUCAUCCUUCAAAUAAACGGAAGUUGAGCGUUGCACUGUGUCUAGCUUCACUGCUGGUCCUCAGAAAGAGGAAAGGAUGUGACUCGAGCCUCGGUCUCAUGCCCAUCGGUCCAGAAGCGACGUUGUUUGUGUUCCGUUCUACUUUCGAUAUGGAAGCUGGUGUAAAUUAGCGCGAGCCUCCUCUCCUCCAGUCCUUCUCCUAACCAUAGGAGGAUGAUCCACCGGCAGAUUCUGUUAUCCCAGAACUUGUACCAGAACCGGCUCCUGAGCCUGGCUGCUAUGGCCUCCCCGACCCGCAGUGGGCAGCGUCGCCAGCGCUGCAAAGAUGCAGCGCGUCACAGCUGUGGUCCAGACACGUAUGCAAUCAACGGUUUGAACCAGGAGCCCUUUAUGGUGGGGUUACAGCGCUCCACUAGUGACACCGACCUGGUCUCACCCGACACCCGCUCCACACUCAUCAUCAGCUCUGCCCACUACACCAUAGGCCAGACUGAAGAUCUGCUCAUCAAAUGGGACAUCAAGGAGGAAGUGGAUGCUGGAGACUGGAUUGGAAUGUAUCUUGUUGAUGAGACUCUUUCAGAGAACUUUCUUGAUUACAAGAACCGAGGCAUCAGUGGAUCGCACAAGGGACAAAUAGUUUGGAAAAUUGAUUCCAGCUCCAACUUUAGAAACUCUGAGACCCAGGUCUGCUUUAAGUACUACCACGGUGUGACUGGAGCGCUGAGGGCCACUACACCCAGUGUGACCAUCAAGAAGGGCUGCCCAUCUGUAUUAAAGCCUGUGGUUAGCCCUGAAGUGAACCAUGGACUGGGGAAUAGGAGACUCAUUAACUUUUCUCUGUCAGAUGUCCAGGCUGUUGGACUGAAGAAAGGAAUGUUCUUUAAUCCAGACCCGUACCUGAAACUCUCCAUCCAGCCUGGGAAGCACAGUAUAUUCCCCUCACUACCACACCAUGGGCAGGAAAAACGCUCUAAAGUGGUGUGCAACACAGUCAACCCACAGUGGAGCUCAGAGAGAUUCAACUUUGUGUCUCUGCCCACUGAUGUCCUGGAAAUUGAGGUAAAGGACAAAUUUGCCAAGAGUCGGCCAAUCAUCAAGCGUUUUCUGGGGAAGCUUUCUGUCCCUGUCCAGAGGCUGCUGGAAAAACACGCCAUAGGAGAUCGCGUGGUGAGUUACUCUCUGGGUCGCAGGUUGCCAACAGAUCAUGUUUGCGGCCAGCUGUUGUUCCGCUUUGAGCUGACCUCUUCGAUUCAUCCAGAUGAUGAGGAGGUUUCUUUGGUCAUGGAGCCAGCUUGCAAUGAGGUGGAAACCCCUGCUGAAGGGAACCAUGCAGCUGAUGCACCAGAUGACGACACACUGAGUGUGAGGCUCGAUAUGCCAGAUCUCCCUCUGGACGCCUCUCUGGACACCGACACCUCAACACCAGCAGCACAGAGCCAGGACAUCCCUCUAACUGAUCGCCAAGAAGACAGCGGGGCUGCAAAGAUGGAACCAGGAAGAGUGGAGGAGCAGAGCACAAUUAGGGAUGAGACCUCGGCUUUACAGCCUGAGGGAGAGCCAGAGGAUAGGGCCUCACCUGAACAGCAGGAGGGCAAUGGAGAAGAGGAGCAGGGAGGGGAAACUGGCGAGGAGAGCAAAGAGGCUGAGGGUGCAGCCCACCCUGAGUUAGACUCAGACUGCCCUACAGAGGCAGAGACUAAUGGAGGGGCCACUGGUGUUGCUGUAUUGGCUACAUCUGUGGAGGCAGCUCCAUCACAGGAAGAAUGUGUAGACUCUGCCACAGGAGCCUCACAGGAGCCCAGUGAGAAAGGAGAAAGCAGCUGUGAACCGUGCUCCUGCCAGUCUCUGUUCUCCAACUGCAACUUCCAAGCUCCGUCACGGCGUAAAGCUCGGCCCUGCUCCCUGCCCGUGUCAGAGCUGGAGACGGUGAUCGCCUCGGCAUGUGGGGAGCCAGAGACGCCAAGAUCACACUACAUCCGAAUUCACCACCUCCUGCACAGCCUCCCAUCAGCCAUACCUCCCAGCCAGGAAGAGGAGGGGGAGGUCACCAACACCACUGUGGACUCUAAUGCUACAUCCCCAACCCUGAAGAGCUCCAAAGAGGAGGAAGAGGAGGAAGAAGAGGAGGACACAACACAGUCCCCAUCUCAGGUCCCAGAGUGUCCAGGGUCAUUCUGCCGGCGCUCUCUGCCCCGUAGCCUUUCCAUUGAGCGCCUGUCUGAGCUGAACCAGCUGCUGGAAGGUGAAGGAGGACGAGGAGGACAUGCAGUAACAAGAAGGAUCUCUCAAUCCUGCUUAGAUAGUGAAGAGGGGGAUUCUAACCUUGAAGGAGGGCCCAGGAUGUGUAGCAGGACCCAUAGACCUCUGGGCGAGAACGAGUGUGAGUUCUGUGACACAUCCUGCUACAGCACCUCCUGCUACAGUACCUCCUGCUACAGCACCUCCUGCUACAGCAAUUCAGGUCACGAGGGGAGGGGCCGCUUUUGCAGCUACAACCGCCUGACAUCACUGGACAGCAACCGGCUCUCCGGCAGCACAGUCUUCUCCUCCCAGGACGAAGAGGAAGAUGAGGAGAGCGCCUUUGAGUCUGUUACCAACCCAGUCCAGAAUAACUGUCAGGAUCCUGUUGGGGACGGGGGAGAGAGGAGGACUGGAAGAUGGAACGAGGCUAGAAGAGUGGAGCAGGGAGAGCCAGCAGAGUCCGGACCCAUUGGCUCAGAUCUCUCCCCUCCUGUUGGCCAUCUUCCAGUACUGCGAUCCAGUCAUGACUCAAACCAUUUUCCUGCUGCCACUGACCCAGCCUUACCUCCAAACUGGGAAGCUCGUGUUGACAGCCAUGGCAGGGUCUUCUAUGUCGAUCAUGUAAACAGGACCACAACUUGGCAGAGACCAAGUAAUGGUGCCAAGUGCAACCAUGGCUUCCCUCGCUCGGGUUCUACACAGCAAAUGGAACAGCUCAACCGGAGAUACCAGAACAUCCAGAGGACCAUGGCCACAGAGGAGGAUAGUGGGAGUCGGAGUUCAGACGGUGAAUCAGAGCCUGCUCAGACAGCUCCUUCCUCCCCAGUCAAUCAUAAGAAGAUCACAUAUCUCCUUCAGUCACCAGCUGUCAAGUUCAUCUCACACCCUGAAUUUUUCACUGUGUUGCACAGCAACUAUGCAGCUUACCGUAUGUUCACCAGCAGCAGCUGUGUGAAGCACAUGAUCCUGAAGGUGCGUCGUGAUGCCAGAAACUUUGAGCGCUAUCAGCAUAACAGGGACCUGGUGGUCUUCCUUAACAAGUUUGCAGACACACAGCUGGAGCUGCCAAGAGGCUGGGAAAUCAAGACUGACCCACAAGGAAAGUCUUUCUUUGUGGAUCACAACAGUCGAGCCACGACCUUCAUUGACCCUCGGAUCCCACUGCAGAAUGGUCGACUGCCAGGCCACCUGGCCCACAGACAGCAUCUGCAGAGACUCCGUAGUUACAGUGCUGGAGAGGCCUCUGAAGUGUCCAGGAGUCGAGGGGCAUCUCUGAUGGAUCGACCCGGUAACAGCCUGGUAGCGGCCAUACGCAGUCAUCAUCAAACUGACCCAAAGCACCCGACUACUAUCUCUUACAAUGACAAGAUAGUGGCAUUCCUGCGACAACCAAACAUAUUUGACAUGCUACAGGAGCGCCAGCCCAGUCUAAGCAGAAACCAUGCAUUAAGAGAAAAGGUGCACUACAUCCGGACAGAAGGUACUCAGGGUGUGGAGAAGCUAUCAUGUGAUGCAGACCUUGUAAUUCUGCUGAGUUUAUAUGAAGAGGAAAUCAUGUCUUACAUUCCGCCUCACCCUGUCCAUCCUGGGUUCAGCUUCUCCCCUCGCUGUUCACCCGCUUCCUCCCCACAAAGCUCUCCUGGUCUGCAGAGAGCCAGGGCCCCAGCUCCUUAUCGCAGAGAUUUUGAAGCCAAGCUGCGAAACUUCUACCGUAAACUAGAGGCUAAAGGCUAUGGCCAGGGACCGGGCAAAAUCAAACUGCUGAUACGAAGAGAACACCUGCUGGAGGGAACCUUCAACCAAGUGAUGGGGUAUUCACGCAAAGAGCUGCAGAGGAACAAACUCUACGUCACUUUUUUAGGGGAAGAAGGAUUAGAUUACAGUGGUCCAUCCAGAGAAUUCUUCUUCCUGCUCUCCCAGGAGCUCUUUAAUCCAUACUAUGGUCUGUUUGAAUACUCAGCCAAUGACACAUACACCGUUCAGAUCAGCCCCAUGUCAGCUUUUGUUGAGAACCAUCUGGAAUGGUUCCGUUUCAGUGGCCGUAUUCUGGGCCUGGCUCUGAUCCACCAGUAUCUGCUGGAUGCCUUCUUCACCAGACCCUUCUACAAGGCUCUGCUCAGACUGCCCACAGACCUCUCUGAUCUGGAGUACCUGGAUGAGGAGUUCCACCAGUCUCUCCAGUGGAUGAAAGACAAUGACAUCACUGACAUCUUGGACCUUACGUUCACUGUGAAUGAGGAAGUUUUUGGCCAGGUGACAGAGCGGGAGCUGAAGUCAGGUGGCUCCCACCUCCAGGUGACGGAGAAGAACAAGAAGGAUUACAUUGAGCGAAUGGCAAAGUGGAGAGUGGAGAGGGGGGUGGUGCAGCAGACAGAGGCGCUGGUCAGAGGCUUCUAUGAGGUGGUGGACUCCAGGCUGGUGUCGGUGUUUGAUGCGCGGGAGCUGGAGCUGGUCAUUGCUGGGACAGUGGAGAUCGAUCUCAGUGACUGGAGGAGCAACACUGAGUACAGAGGAGGUUAUCAUGACGGCCACAUAGUGAUGCGAUGGUUCUGGGUAGCGGUGGAGAGGUUUACCAAUGAGCAGCGUCUCCGUUUGCUGCAGUUCGUCACAGGGACCUCCAGUGUACCGUACGAAGGCUUUGCAUCCCUAAGAGGAUCUAAUGGCCUCCGACGUUUCUGCAUUGAAAAAUGGGGCAAAGUCACAUCACUACCCAGGGCUCACACCUGCUUUAACCGCCUUGACCUUCCUCCAUACCCCUCAUACACCACGCUGUAUGAGAAGCUGCUCAUCGCUGUGGAGGAAACCAGCACUUUUGGCCUGGAAUGAUCCAUAGGAAUCAAAUGGUUUCACUCUGGCUUGGCCUGGAAGCUGAAGGAAGGAGAGCAGCCCGUGUUAGCUCCAAGUCUCGUAAAGAUUUGUGAAGUGUAACAGACGUUUGAUGAAUUGGCUUGGCUCUCUGUACAUCACUGUUGGAUUCUCUGUGUUCAUCUAUCAGUUCACUAGAAGGAGGUUUCUGAUUGCAGCCAUGGGACGACAGUUCUAGUUUUAUUAGUGGUAGUGAAACACCACAUUGACUUUUCAAAACUCAUUAUGUGUAUGUUUGUAUGAGGGAAUACAAGAUUCUUAUUUGCAUGAACCAAAGUGGAUAAACCUUCCAAAGAACCAAAAUGCUCAUAGUGACAAAUAAUAAAUGGAAACCAGGCAGAUACAAUGUAUAUAACUGGAAAACAACAAAAUAGUUCUCAAAUGAGACUUUUACAAAUCUAAGAUUGUUGAUAUUGCCUGACAAUGUGUUUGAAUGUAUCAUUGAUAUUUAAAAAAAGAUGAUAAAUUAUAAUAAAUUAUAAAUAAUUGUAUGGUUUAAUAUAUAUUAGAGGGUAGUAAAAUAGUGAAACUGUGAGCAAAAAUAGGAUGAAAAAAUGGCAAGAUCGCUGUUCAUAGCUACAUUUCAGAUCAUCAGAUUUUACUUAAAAACUAAAAGCUGAAGAAAUUAUGGAAUUGUGAACACGCUAAUAACAGAUUUCUCCACUAAACACAAACUGAUGUAUUCUAACACUUUAGGUGAAUUAUGGCUAAGUUCUUGGAUCAAGCGAAAACCUCAUGCGGAUUAUUGUUGAACAUUAACUGGCAAAUAAAAUCUGAGAAGAAAAAGUUUAAACUUCUCUCUGCCUUAGCAUCAUAUAAAUUUUGGACCAAGAUAUAUGCAAAGCUUCAGAUUUUUAUUUUAAAAAAACACCUCAAUCAAUGUUCAUUUUAUUUCAGUACUGUUACAUAACAGGAAUAAGCCACUCAACAGUGUAAUUAAAAUUAUGCACCCAUUUAAAAUGCCAUGAGUUUACUUAGGUCUUUCCAAACAGAGAUUUGUUGUUAGUGAAUUAUGUAGAGAUUAAUUUAUCUUAAAAAGGUAAUUAGAUAUCAACAAAAAUGUAACCUAAAAUAAAUCUUGGAAUCUUCUAACAUACCCAUAGGUUAAAGCCAUUCAUUCGGGUUCUCUGGUUCUGCUCUCUGUGAACAAUCACAUUUGUGUUUUAGGUCUUGUGGAUGCACUAAGAAAUUGAAAAUUGGAUGCAAACACCCAAAUCUGCAAGGAUGACAUCAUGGCCAAAUCCUGCUACAUGGAGGUUCAUUUGUCAAAAUGCAAGAGCACCGAUUUUCAUUUAUGAGAAUGAAUUCUUAUUUUCUCUGAUACAUUGUGCAGUUCUCCCUCAAAAUUCUCCCCUCACAGUUAAAAAAAAAUCUAAAUAUUCAAUGCUGUCGAUCAGAAUUUCUGAUCUUAUUUUUUUUUUCUUCUCUCAAAUUUGAAUUCUUUCAAAAAUUUGUCUUAUAGUUCACACACACACACACGCAGUCAUAGCUGUGUAUUUUAACAGGAAAGAACAUUCAUACAAUAAAAGGCUUUUAUUAUAUAAGCCGUUACAGUUCAUUUCAGUGGACGGUUAUAAACUCAACAAAAACAAACUAUUUGGCUUUUGUCCCUACAAAGAAUUGGUGUAAUGCAGCAAGCUCUAUAGCUGGUCAUGCAGUUUUUUAUUCUAGAUUUCUAAGUUCAAUGUACGUAGAAACAUCAGCUGGAGACAUACUUCAUCUUUGAGAAAACGGCAACAUUAAGGACAGCUGUCCUCCACAACAGUCCUCCUCUCUGAGCACUUUUAAAAGACCAUGAUGUCAUUAAAUCAAUCUUUUCCAACUAAAGGGCUUCUGAGACCUUCUAUGGAAACUUGGGGAUCACAUCGUCCAAUAAGCAUGCGCUCCAUGGUUUGGCUGCUUAUUAUGUGGUCCCAAGCUAUCAUUGGGGGAUUUCAGAAACCUACCAACCUGCUGAGGGAUACUGCAACUUUGAACUGCUCUUGUUCUGUUUGAACAGGAACUGUCAUGUUCUAGUCUUCCACAGAUGGCUGCUUCAUCUCAGACUGCUGUUGCUCUCUAACUUGUCACUAUCAAAUGUUUUGAAUUGUUGCAAAGCAGCAUGCAAAUGUCCAAAGGCUCAAGAUUAAUGGACACACUUAUCUUCUAAACCACUAUGUAUCGGAGCCCCAUGACUAACCAAUGUAAUAUAUGCAAUAACAGAUACUUUGACUGCAACAUGUACCACAGUCAUCUUGUCUCUGACGGUGACUGACUGCAGACUCCUGCAUUCAUCCCCGAGUUUUUACUUCCAUGUUUGAGUAAUGAUAUGGUGCCUCAGUAACUUACUGCCUCAGACAUGGUGUGUGGGGUUACUGGGAUUCAAACCUGGCGUCAUUUUUGGUCCAGUUACUUGUAUGCUUAUUUUUGUUUGUUAGUGUCUUCUCAGUCAGGUGGACUUGGCAUUCUAGAGAGUGCUUGUUUUGUACAUCAUGUCUGAUUAAUAUCAUUUUGAUGCUUUAACAAACCUAAAGAUAUCAGGAGUAUUUAUUCAUGGACUUUGAAAUGAAGAGGUAGUAAACUUACCAUUUUACAAUCAUGUUACAUAUUUUACAUGUAGUAAAAAAAGAAGGCGUGCAAGAAAAACUGCUCAAGUUGCAAAUAUCUGUCAUUUUCAUUGUUGAGAUUUUUCUUGCAACAGAAGUUUGCAUUUCUUUGUUAUUUACAUUGUUUUUUGUAAAUAACAAGGAAAUGUAAACUUAGUUUACUAAUUACUAAUUAGUUAAAUUUUAUUGUUUGGUUGAUUUUGUUUUCUGUUUAAAUACACUAUAUUGCCAUAAGUAUUGCUGUUCCGCCUUUUCACAUACAUGAACUCGAAGUGACAUCCCAUUUUCAACUUUGACAUAAUUUUGACUACCGUAACUCUUUGUAGCA